AUGGCAUCCAAUCCGAGCAAUGGAGAGGCCGUCAAGGAGGUGGCUGAAAAGCUGAAGAGCUGCUCCGUUGAGGGCGAGAAGGAUAAGACCACGGGAGAGAAGGGCGACAGCAAGCCCAAAAGUCGAAACAAUUCGCACAACAACCAAAACAAGAACCGACAGCGUCGUCGCCCCUCCGGUGCUGGAGGCGAGGUGGCUGAGGAGAAGGACGAGAAGAAGAACAAGAGUCGUCAGAACUCUACUCGUCGUGAUUCGCAGUCGGUCUCGCAGACGCGUUCCCAGAAGGGCUCCGAAAGUGACAAGCGUCGCACUCGCUCCACCAAUUCCAACGGACCCAACAACGCAGGCGGCAACAACAAGUCGCGUCAAUCGAAGAAUUCGAGCCGCACCAUCUCGCAGGGCAGCAACGGCGAUGGCUACUAUUGCAGUGACGCUUAUGACGACCUCGAAGAACCCUUCACCGAUUCGGAAGAUGAGGAGAGGGUCCGCCGCCGGAAGUCUGAGAAGCCGAACCUGUUCAUACCCCGCGGCAGGAUUCGCACGCUGUCCGGCACCGUGCCCGUGACCGGCUACUCGCCGAAAUGGGGCGGCCCGACGAUGUGCUUGUCGUGCCUGCAGUUCUUCGAUCUGCCCGAGCAAAUGGACAGCUUCGCCGAGCAUCUGCUGAUGGAGCACAAGAUCAUCGUCCAGGAAAUUGGCCUGAUCGUCGACCCGAAGCGCUACAUCGAGUACUGGCGCCAACGAUUCGCCAAGCAGAGCAUCGACAAGAUCUUCCCGCGUAUUGAGCUGAAGGAGGGCGAGCCCUAUGCGGACGUCACGGACUACUAUUUCGAGAUGUCGGAGAAGUUGCCCGAAGACUACUCGCUGCGCCAGCGUUUGGCUAUGCGUCGUCUUGAGGAAGCUCUUUCCUGCCAGCAGCGUGAGCGAGACGAUACCAACUUCUCGCAGCAGUGCAUCUUCUGCCGCUACACGGCAAAGGGAAAUCGCAGCAAGAUCAUCCACCACCUCUACAUGAUUCACCAUCUGAAUCUGGGCUCUCCGGAUAACUUGGUGUUUGUGACGGAGUACAUCGCUCAUCUCAAGGAGAAGCUCGACCGUCAGGAGUGCAUCUACUGUGAGAAGACGUUCGCCGACCGCAACACGUUGAUGGAUCACAUGAGGAAGCGAAACCAUCGCGAGGUGAAUCCGAAGAACCACUACUACGAUAAGUUCUACAUCAUCAACUACCUCGAGCUCGGAAAACGUUGGUUGGACGUGCUCAGCGAGGACUUUGAAGACACCACCACCGCUUUCCCUGAAAGUGACGAAGAGCUGGAGGAGGAAUCCUGGUGCGAGUGGCAGGAGGACAACAUUGAUGUCGACGAAACCCGAGUUGUCUGCCUCUUGUGCGACGAGACUGCCGAACGCGGCGAACAGCUGAUCGAGCACAUGAAGGCCGCCCACGAAUUUGACAUCCUCAAGGUGAUCGAGGACAACAAGCUCGACAUCUACCAGCGCAUGAAGCUGAUCAACUUUAUCAGGGCUAAGAACUUCAACGCCAUCUGCUGGCGCUGCGGCAAAGAGGACAACGGCAACAUUGUCGGCCUGCACAAGCACUUUGAAGAGGUUGAAAAGCCGAUCAAGGAACUGCCCGACCCGUCUCGUUGGGACGUGGAGGAGAACCUGGUGCCCCUGUUCGGCAACGACCACUUCCUGUGGAUGCUUGAGGGCAUCUUGGACAAGGACAGCGAGUCUGACGACGAGGAGGAGAACCGCUCCGACCCGAAGAAGCGCAUCGAGCAGCUGAUCAAGAAGAGCCAGCGCAACACCAUCAGCCACGUCGUCGCCGAGGACCUGCCGACGCUUGAAGAGGUCCCGGACCUCGAGGACGUCUUC